UUGUGUAAUUACACAAAUCGCAAACACAGCGACGGCCGUGCUUCACUCCGCUUUCUUGAUUCUGUAUUCUCGUCUCCAAACAACCCCCUUCCAUCCCAACUGCGGUUCGGCGGUAGGAUGGACUUUGCCGACGAGCUCACGCCCGGAGCCACCGCCUCCAUUUCCAACCCUCUCAAGCCCUCCGAUACCAGAGACAGCGGCGAGCUCUCAUCCUCCGACAACGAUACCGAAGAUGUACAUCCUAUUUUUUCAAACAUGCCUGCUUCACUUGCACCGCCAAUGUCUCCCAUUCUUCCUCUGCAAAGUAAAUGUAAUGUAGCGAUUCAGGCUGAUAUGGAUGAUAAAUUGGAGACAAUUCAAAAUAUAUGUCAGAAAAUUGUGGACACCACAAACUUGUACUCAUUUUCUAAAUUGGAUGACCAGCAAGUAUAUUCUCUUAUGAGGCUGAGGGAAAUUUCUCAUCGGAUUGUUAAUGAGCGUGAUUCGAGGGUGACAAGAAAUGAUGUGAUUAGUGCUAUGUGCUUUUACAUCAACAAACUGGCAGGUAAGUGCAAGGAUAUUGUUGACAUUAUGAAUAAGAUGUCCUAUAAAGACUUGGAUGACCAGCAGAUGCAACAGCUAUUGAGGUUGAAAGAGCUUCUUUGUGGGAUUGUUGAUGGAGCCAAAGAUGUGGAAACUGAACCUUCCCGUAUUGUUGAACAGGGCAUGGUGAGUGAUAUCUGGACGACAGAGAGUUUGGAAGUGGAGCCAAUUGAUUCCUGCAAUGAUGACAUACCACUUGGAGAGACACAAAUUGUAGCGAUUGAAGAUGAACAGGCAGUAGCUGAAGCUAGGCUCAAGAAUCAAUAUUGUGACAUGUCGCAUGUUAAACACUCUGUCAGUUGGCCUCCAAAUGGUAGUUUAACCUUAGAGUGGGUUGUACAGAUGAUGAAAAUUCUUGAACUGUCUUCAAGAAACUACUCUCCAGCAGAAUUUCAACUUAUAAUGCCAGUUUCUGUGGUAGAUGCAAUACUUGAUGUAGCUGAAAGUAUCCUUCACAAGGAACCAAACUGCCUGGAAAUUGACUGCCACGGAGAAGUUUCAAAAGUGGUUAUAGUUGGGGACAUUCAUGGACAUUAUCAUGACUUACUUCAUCUAUUCGAACUUGCUAAUUUGCCAUCUGAAAGCCAGUAUUACGUUUUUAAUGGUAAUUAUGUGGACAGAGGAGCAUGGGGACUUGAGGUGUUUUUGGUUUUAUUGGCGUGGAAGAUCUUGAUGCCUGAUAGAGUAUAUCUGCUCCGUGGAAAUCAUGAAACGAGAAUUUGUACAUCAUCCUACGGUUUUGAGAAAGAAGUAAGGACAAAAUAUGGCGAGCAAGGUGAAAAAGUAUAUCACAGGUGCUUGGAAACAUUUAAGGAACUUCCUUUGGCUGCAAUUAUUGCUGGAAAAGUAUAUACAACACAUGGAGGGUUAUUUCGUAAGCCAUGCAAUCCUGAUCUGCAGAAUGACAAGGAGAUGAAGACAGGAAAGCUGGAGAUUGGAUCCUUGCAAGAUUUAUCUAAGCUUGAAAGGUUUUUUGUUGAUAUUCCAACUAAAGACGAAGAUCCAAAUAUAAUUUUGGCAGAUGUAUUGUGGUCAGAUCCUUCCAAGGUAGAUGGUUUAAGGGAAAAUCAAGCCAGAGGAGCAGGUCUAUCAUGGGGUCCUGAUUUUACAGAAGCAUUCUUAAAGCUGUCCAAUUUAAAGUUGAUCAUUAGGUCACAUGAAGGCCCAGAUUCAAGGGAUGGUAAGAUAGAUUUUGAUGAUAUGAUAAUGGGUUAUAGCACAGAUCACGACAUCAAAUCAGGGAAAUUAUAUACUCUAUUUAGCGCUCCAGAUUUCCCUCAGUUUGGUCAGAAGAGUUACAAUAAUGAGGGAGCAUAUGCUACUUUGAAGCAUCCGGAUUUUGAAACUCCAUCCUUCCAUACAUUUAAAGCUGUAGAUAAACCGAAGAUAGACGUUUGCUAUUUUGGUUGUGAAGGACAUGAUUUAGAUUUAGAUUUGACAUUAAUGGCUCUAGCUGACGCUGUCUCUUCUAACAACUCUAGUCCUAUUGAGAUUCAUUCAGGGGUUGAUUUUGAGGCAUUAGGCAUAUUAAACCCACCUUCUUGGAGCAUUACAUUGACAGAUGAUGCUACAGGUACCCAAAAUGUUCCGAUUCCAAAGGCUCCUGUGGUAGAAGGGCUGCCUCUGCCGCCUAGCAUAGAGGAACCUCACAAGGCUGCUUAUGAAUACUUCUUGGAGCUCAUUGCAGGACUGAAAUUUAUGCUCCAAACAACAGAAAAUAAGAACAAAAUCCAUGUUUCUCAUCGAAAGAGGAAGAAGUGCAAUUAGACAUGUGAAGAAAUUGAAGUUUUGUCAUUCAGAAAAUCUGGUUCUUUGUCCAAAGGAAAACAUCUCUGAUGGGGGGAGGGAAUGAGUUGACAUCAGGGGGUGAUUUGAGAGUUUGCAGCUCUGUUUAUGCCAUCUCCGCUCUCAUUUCUGGGCUCAAUUUAACGAUCUUCCUCAUUGUAAUGUCAAAGGAUAACAUGAAAAGAUGAAGAUGAGAUGUAGUAUCAGAGCUGAAUGAUCAAUUCAAUUCUUGAUUCUUUCAAUGCCCCUAUCAAGUAUUUGUACAUUUCAUCUCAAAAUAAUAAUUCUUCUUUCA